AAAAGUUAAAAAAAAAAAUAUAUUUAUUUAUUUUGGCCAGUAUGGGCACUUUGACCGAUGCCCAGAUCGAAGAGAUCCGGACAGCUUUCCAUCUUUAUGACACCGAAAAGUCAGGAUUUGUGAACGUUAGGCAGCUCGGAGGAGUUAUGCGGGCCCUUGGCGAGAUCCUUACCGAGGCGGAGAUAUACAACCUGGCCAACGAAACUGAUAUGGACUUUGGUGGCCAGGUGCAAUUCAAGGACUUCCUGUACGUGAUGUCCAAAAGACUGGAGGAGCAGAACAGCCUUGUGUCCCUGAAGCAGGCCUUCAAGAUCUUCGAUCGCAACGAAGUGAACAGUUUUACGAUAACGGACAUCAGGGCGGUGAUGACCAAUCUGGGCGAGAAAAUGUCUGAUAGCGACCUGCUCGAGAUGUUCCAGGACAUUGAUCUGGAUAAAGAUGGAAAAAUCUCAUUCAACGAAUUUGUUGCUGCCAUGCGAAGCUGAAAUAGGAAUUCCAAAUUGAAAGCACCAAAUAAACACGAACCCCUUCCAAAA